CCGCACGACACGUUGUCGUUAGUUAUGGUAAACCGCAAAUGUAGAUAUUUAAUCUAUAGUAUAUCCAACGAAUGCAUUACAAUAUUACACUUGGCAGUAGGUUUCUAUAUACGUGUUUGAUGUCGAACGACGAGUAUAGGUAAAUAAUAUUAUAUUCUUAACCGUUAAGAAAACUUCGCCGCGCCGUAGCGAAUAUCAUCAUAUAAGUUACCGGAGGACAACUACGACAAUGGUAAAUGUUUUUAAUUUUCAAUUAAUAUUAAUUUACAGGACUAUGACCGACAAAUUGUGUUUGUUUUUUGAACUUAUUGCCUUCGUUUAUUAAUAUAACUAUUUAUGUUUCAAUGUAAUUAUCUGUAAAACAAACACGACAAAUAUCUCCCGAUAAAAAAGGGGCUAUAUUUAUUUUUUUUUUUUUUCAAUUUAAAAUUCGCUUCUUCAAACGUCUCUAUUACUGUGAAUAAUGUAACGUUCACAUAUACAAAACACUUUUCUCAUUUAGAAACAUAUAUCUUUAAGAGUCGUAUGAUAAUAUCUACAUUUAGAAUAUAUUUAUAUUAAGGUACAAAAUAAAUUUUAAAAAAAAAAAGCCACGACCGCAAUACAAUUUUUACGUUAGUUAUUAUAAAUAAUAUUAUUAUACAUAAAUAUAAAAUAAUAUUAUUAUACAUAAGUAUAAUAAUAUUAUUUAUUGUGUUAUGUAUGGUGACAAAAAUCGUACGGUGUAAUAUCAAAAGAAAAAAAAAAGAGCUUAUACUACGGAUUGCACUAGAGUGCAGCUCUGUUAUAGGUGGGAAAUUGGCAAGACAGGAUAGAUAAAGUUAAUUUAUAUCUGUACGCAAAGAUAAACUAUUGCUAAUGAAAAACGAUUCGGAGCGAAAUUCAGUAAGACAUAAUAUAUUAAAAUGCAUUAAUUUUUAUGAUUUUCAUCAACAUUUGAUCUUAAAACACUAAUUAAAAAAAAAAAAAAACUAAUGCAUUAAAGUCGAAUUUGUUUUUAGAGUACUAAUUACAUCUUAUUGAACCUUGAAUUAAACUCUCAAGCAUUUUAUUCUUAAGUUAUAUUAUUUUAAUAGCAGAUACCUACCAAAUAAAACACGAGAAUAUCAAAUACCUAUAGAUAAUCUAAACAUUAUUUGACUGUUUUUAAAAUUGUACCACGUAUACAACAGGCCAAUAUAAGUAUUUUGUAAAAAUUACAGGACUUUACAAUUAUGUUUAACCGAUUAACAACAAAAAACCAAAAUGUCGUACACUUUUCCAUAUUUCCUACGGUUUUCCGACUUUUCGUAACUAUUUAGGAAUACUAUACUAGAAAUUAAAAAACGAUUUUCUUAUUUACACACUAGACAAAGUUUUCUUUUAGAAAAUAUGCUAUUCUUAAAAUUUGGAUAAAGAUUUUAGGUGGAAAAAUCUAAUCGUAAAAAUGUUAAAUAAUGAAAUCGUUAUCAAAUAAUUUGGAAAAAUCAUAUGUUUCGUCUUUUUUGGUUUUACCUAAUUAUUAUGAAAACUACUAUAGAUAAUAAAAACCUACUUUCUUUUAUCAGUGGUUUUAUAUUAAAUUGAAUAAAAUUGAUCUCUCGUUAUUUAUCGACUGGAGCAAUAUUUCUGGUAAAAAUUUUGUUUGAAUAAAUUAAAACCAAUGAAAUCGGUAACCCCGCGGCACGGCGUAAAUAUUUGCCGUUUUACCUGUAAUUUUCUUUCUGGUUUUUUUCAAUUAUUUUUGAAAUCCCCUUGAAAAUCCCUAGAAAAAUCAAAAGUUCUUUCUACUAACUACAUAAAAUGUCCUUAAAUUUCUUAAAUAUCUAUAAAUCGGAGCAAGAUUUUUGGUAGAAGAUUCGCCAGGUUAAAAUUAUAAUUACUCUAAUAUCCCCCUGUUUGUGAUACCAUCUUUUUUACAACUACCAUACACUGGACCAGUAUAUAAAUUAUUCCCUCCUCUCCCCCUUCCAUCCUUUACACUUAAAUUUAUUUAUUUCAACAUUGUUUGUUGUUCUUUUUCUUUUGUGCAUAUUUUUUUCUAAUAGUAUUCCAUAAUUCGACAAACCACCUAAACCCGUCUUCAAAUUGAUUUUAUACAGUCCAUUUAUAAUACCUUAACACGUUUUUAAGUCAGUAAAUGUUUACUUUGUCAACGAAUCCGAUUUAGGUCAGUUAAAAUCACUUAUGCAUAUGUGUUUUUUUUUUUUUUUUUUGUUACUUGAUAAAUCAACAUUACUUUUAACAUAUUUAAUAUUACCUAAUCGAGUAAUGAUAAUUAAAACAAUUGGAAAAUGUAGUAGCUGCUAUACUCGUUUUUGAAUUUACUUAUGUGAUUUUACUUUUAUUCAACUAAAUUUAUACUGUAGCAUUGAUAAUAAUUGUAAACCGAUCAAAGUACUAAUAUGCAUAAUGCUUGCAUGCUUUUUGAGCUUAAUUAUGCCAAAUAACUAUCAUUUACGAGAAUGAAUGAUAAAAUAUUUAAAGAACAUUAUGUAUUCGGUACGUGACUAAAAAUUAUUUUUAAUUUUAAAAUAGGUACAUAAUGAUUAUAGCUUUUAGAAUUUACCUUUCAGUUUACGAUUGAUUUGUAAAGCCCGGUCGGCACGAUGAUAGUACUAUAACGUUAGUUUUUGUCACAAUAUUUAACAAUGUAACACAAUAGUUAACUAUCACAAAAUACAGCGUUAUUAGCCGAAUAAAUUAUAGUAUAGAGUAAAUUUCGAUAGAAUUUGUGAAUUUAGAUAAAACUGAUACCACAAAAAAUAUAUCGAAACUUUGUGUUACACUGUAGUAGUUAUUAUACAUCACUUUAAAGAUAGUAUCUAUCGAAUAUGCGUAAUAAUGUCAUAUCAAUAGUUGAAUACAUAAAAUUACCCUGUUAUCACGAAUAAAUUUCAUGAUGGUUACUAUCACUGUAGUGAGUUUAAUAACUAUCACGGUAGCUAUACUAACACCACGAACCGGUGUAUAAAACGUGUCAAAAUAACGGUGUGUUGUAUAAGCAGCCGUGUGAACUUAAAAAUUAAUUUUGAAGUUGAAUAUGACUGAAUAUAAUAAAAGUAUUAUUGGAAAUUGAAAAUUAUGUGGAAACAAAUAUUUUUAGAACUUUUGUUUCUAAUAUUAUCAGUUAUUGCUAAAAACUUGCCCCGGAAUAUUGCUCGUACCCCGUACAAUAUAUUAUUUCAGGAUUCAGGGGUGUCGAAGUGUUAGUCGCAUAAUGUCUGUUAUAUACAAAAACGUUGAUACUCGAUCGAUUGACCGAGAAAAUAUUAAACCAUAACAUCCCAAUCCAGAAUAACUUAUCUAAUCCGAUUAAUUGGCUUGGUUUACAUACGUAACUACUACCUAGUGAAGAAGUUAAUAUUAUAAAUAAACGUAAAAAUGUAAAAUAAUGAAUAACGUUAUUUUUGUUCAGGAAUACGUUUUGUGGAAAAUGAAAAACUGCUUUAUUAUGACAUGGUUGGCGUUUUGUUUCAUCGUCUCGACUAUAACCCUAAUAGUCUAUUUCACCAUUGACGUGGAUGAGAUUUCCGAACAUGGUGUUAGAAAACACGGACGGAUCAUGUUCAAAACACUGUUGAAUGACAACCAAAAAUAUUUCGACGCGACGUGGGUUUCAGGUACGUAAAACAAUAUUGAUGUUUAUAUUAUAUUAAAAAUACGAAAACUAUGAUAUUAAAAUUGCAUCGUUUUAUCGUGAAAAGUCAGUGUAAAUUUUAUAUCUAUAAAAAUACAACACAUAGGUAGAUAUACGAGUUUGUUUGUUAAUAUUGUUCGUAAUACAAACACGAUUAUGGUAAUAGUAAUUCUUUAAACAAUAUAGAUAUAUAAUAAGCUGUGGAUGUACCAAAGCCGAAAACGUAUUUACAUUUUUUAAAAGUGCCAAGCUUAGGUAAUAAUUUUACUAUUUUAUACUACAUAUUUUAAUAUAAAAUAUUAAAAUAUUCUAUAAUAUAAAUAUUACGUGUACGAUCGCAUUUAAUAAUUAAGUUACUUCUUGAAUAAACAAUACCAACAUUAUCGAUAUUUUUUUUACGAACCCAUAAAUUACAAUUUAAUAAUGUAAAUACUUCCUCCGCUUUUUUCUAUUCAUAUGGUGACUUCCUUUAGUUCCUUUUAUAAGGAUCAUUCCUUUCCUAUACCAAACGUAAUUUGUUAUAUACAUUACUAUCUUCUAGGUAUUUCUUACCUCCGAUUUUCUCUUUUACUGUUGCAAUUAUUCAUGUUUUAUUCCGAAGGAGAUUCGGUCGUCACCGUUUUCCACCAAAUGUUUCCCUUGCCGUUAUUCACCAACACUAAUAACUAUUUCAAAUUUUUCUAUCGCAGGAAUUAAUACAAUAUAAUAAAUAGUAAGAAAAACAACUAACACAUUGUGUAUAAUGUAAAUUGUAUAUAAAUAUAUACACAAUAAACAAUAAACAUAAUUUAAACAUAAAUUAGUAAACAUAAUAUAGGACAUUGGUUUCAUAUUAUAUCGGUAAAUAUGGCCGAUAGAAUUGCGAUAUUUUUGUAUACACGUGAUACAGAAAUUAUUUUGGUGGAAAAAACAGAAAUUUAUUUUGAGGAAACGGGUAGUGGCAUAGCUAUGAUUUUUAAUUGAGGGAGGCUAAAUAAGUUAGUGCCCUCUUUUUUAUUUACACUAGCCAUUGGCUGGCCAAUUUAUUGGUUCUGUUUUAUGUCAUAGUGCCCCUCCUUAAAUCGUUUUCAAACGAUUCAGUAGAGAAAACUUUCUUUCAGGAGUGGAAGAAAUAGUUAAAACCGUAGUUAACACUCCAAUCGGAAAAUAGUGUAUAUUAUAUAUUCAUAAACAUGGUCCAGGCAGGUGACUAUAGCCUUGUUGGCCUCCCCUGUCAACGACUCUGGAAACAAAUAUUUGUAGAAGAUGGAAAAGUUAAUUUUGGUGAAAACUGGUCCUAAAUCCAUUUCUUUCUUUUGCCUACAAUUGUAUUUCAUCUAGUUUAUAGAGGCAGAUCACUAUCGCCCGUCCUACUGUACACCUUCUCAUUAAAGAUUUUUUGAAAAAAAAAUGCAAUAUACCUAUUAAAUGAAAAGUAUAAACAAUUACAAAACCACUUGCCCGUUACUCUAGAUGACGAAAUUUUGGCACAGGACGAUGAUGGAAAUAUUAUUUUGUACGAUGUAAAUAAAUCCAUCAAAUCGGUUUUAGCGUUCAAUUCAAUGCAAGUAAAUAUAAUGGACCUACGAUUAAUAUCGAACAAUAGGUAAUGUAUUAUAUCGAUUAUUUAUCACAAUUUUUGUGUUUCUAGCACGUAAAAGAUUGUGGAAUAUAUGAACUUUCGGCCGACAGAAAAUAUCUGUUAAUAGGUUACAACUUCAGCAAAGUAAAUAUGAUUUCCGCGAUAACAACGUAAUAAUAUUUUACAACUACCUAGUAUAAUACUAUACAAUAUGGUUAUUGAAAACAAUGAGGUGUCAUUUUUUUGAACAGUAAAAUAAUAUUGUUACCUACAUACAUACAUACAUCAUUAUACAACGACUAAUAAUUCUAAAUAUAUAAAUAAAUAAAUAUAAAUACAUAAAUUAAUGCAUCCCCUGGAGUAUUAUGAUGUGUGUAUUGUGUGAACGGUUUCGAAAUAAAAAUUCAUCGUAAGGUAAAAUCACAAAGUCAAAAAGUAAAAAGUAAACCCUGCACUUUAACUUUUCGUUUUACUUUUUAACUUUGUGAUUUUACCUUACGAUGAAUUUUUUUAUUAUUUAUAUAUUUAUUUUUGGGUAUUAACCAUUUAAUAAUUUUGUUUUUACUUUAUUCUUUUAUUAAUAAUUCUAACCAAGUGGUAUAAUAUUCGUACUAUACCGUUGAAAAAUUAAGGGUGCCUAAUAUACAAUAAUAAAUUACUGAAAUCAUUAAGCAUCGGUUUACUAUAUUGGUACCAGUAGCUAAUUUAUUGCCUAAGAAACAGUCUAUUUACGCUAAUACAGAGUGCUCCACGGAUAUCUUACAAACGCAAUAACUAUAUUUGCUUUUUUUUAUUUUUUUUACUAAAUCCUUGCGCUUACAAGAAAGCAGUAAAAAGAGCACACCCAAAACAAGUCUCUUCUAUGCAAAGAAUACAGCAGAAACCUGUCACAACAAAUGUUUCAUACAUGCAGAUGGCUUGUACUUCAAAAGUUGAUCCAAAAACACCUCAACCAAAAGAAAACCAAGAAUAGAUUACUUUUAAUGAUAUUUUAGUCGUGUUAACCAACGUAACGCAGACACUAGCAAAUAUCACAGCAAGAAUGGACAAACUGGAAAUAAACCAGACAAAGUCCAAAAAUACCUCGCGAAAAAUAAAGAAAUGAACAGUACACUGCGGAUCAUUGCAUGGAACGUCAAUGAAUUAGUACAGCGCAGACAAUAACUUGAAGAUCUUUUACAUAGUGAAAACAUUGACAUAGCCCUUAUUUCAGAAAUUCACUUCACAACGUGGACUUUUCUUAAAAUACAGAAAUACAGAAUAUAUACGACAGUUCAUCCUAGUGGUAGAGCUCGGGGUGGUAUUGCUGUAAUAAUAAUAGAGUCCAUAAAACACUAUGAACUCGAAAAAUACUCUUUCUUUCGAAAUUUAUUCUUCACCACAAGAAGGUACAGAUGAAGUUAAGCUCGCUGAAUUUUUUCAUACGUUGGGUUCUAAAUUCAUUGUUGGAGGUGAUUAUAAUGCCAAGCAUACUCAUUAGGGAUCGAGACUGAUCACCCCAAAGGGACGAACCUUAUUAAAAGUUGCAAACAAUGCUGAAUUCAUGACUACAAGUAAGCUAACGUAUUAGCCCACUGAUUCGCCUGGGUACGACCAGAUUAACCCAAAAAUCCUGAAAGAGUUAUCUAAAACAUCUAACACACAUAUUCAAUGCCAUCUUACGUAUGGAAUAGUUGCUAAACAAUGGAAACGAGCCCAAGUGAUCAUGCUACUUAAACAGGAAAACCACCAGAACACGUAACUUCAUAUAGACCAAUUUCGCAUCUUCCAAGCAGCUCAAAAUUAUUCGAAAAACUUCUUCUAAAACACUUAAAACCGUUGAUAGAAGAAAGACAGCUUAUACUGGAACAUCAGUUAAGAUUUCUAAAUAAACACUCAACAAUCGACCGGUCCAUCGUGUUACCAACGUAAUAAGCAAAGCGCUUGAAGAGAAAAAGUAUUGCUGCGAAGUAUUCCUUGGUGUGGCACAAGCUUUCGAAAAAGUUUGACACAAAGGAUUACUUAUAAAACUACGUGAAUAGCUGCCACACACCUGGUACGCACUUUUCGAAUCCUACCUUACUAAACGUCAAUUCAGGGUCAUUCAUGAAGAAGCAUUAACUGAUUGGAAAAAAAUAUCGGUGGGUGUACCACUGGGAAGUGUCCUUGGACCAAUCCUAUACUUACUCUACACAGCCUACAUUUCAACCAACAGCUAUUCAAUGACAGCCAUGUUUGCUGAUGACACGGCAAUAAUAACAAAAAAUGAAAACCAGCAGACUGCGACUGAUUGGCUUCAAAGGUCCAUCAACAACGUUUCCAACUGGACGAAACGUUGGAAGACUAAAAUUAACAGUGAAAAAUCGGUGCACAUAAAUUACACUUUGCGUAAAACCGUCUAUAAACCGGUAUUACUAGAUCAGCAGAGCAUCCCACAGUGUGACUCAACAAAAUAUCUAGGAAUGCACCUGGACUCUCGGCUCAACUGCAAGCACCACGUUAGACAGAAAAAACUGCAAAUUAGAAUGAAAAUGCGACAACUAUAUUAGCUGGUCGAAAAACAUUCCGAAUUAGACCUCAUAACUAAAUGCCUCUUUUACGUAAUGAUAAUUAAACCAUUGUGGACUUAUGGAAUUCAACUGUGGAAAUGUGCCAGCAAGUUCAAUAUUGAGAUUAUACAACGUUGCCAGAACUUAACUGUCCGUACCAUUGUCGAAGCUUACCGGUAUGACAGAAACGGCAUUAUACACCGAGAUAUGAUGAUCACCUUCAUUUAGGACGAGAUUACCAAGUGUGCUCGCAAACAUAAGAAAAGACUAGAUCAACACACCAAACCAGCAGCAAUUGAACAACUAAACAACUCUCUAGAGUCUAGAGUCUAGACAUUAGGCGUCUCAAACGUCGUAGACCAUAUGACUUAGUAUAAGAUUCUUAGACUAAGACCGGGGCCACUCCACUGGGAGUGAAAUUCCACACAUGUUUAUUUAAUUUUAAUUUUUGUAUAAAAUUACAUCACAAGUAUUUAUGUACACUUUUGAUAAUGUAUUGUAAUGAUUAAUUUUUGAUCAUUACAAUAAAAGCUUUCAGGUGGUUUAAAAAAAAAAAACCAAAGCCUUGCGCUAUGAUUCUUCUAUUUUAUGUAUUCUUUAAAAUUCAUAAUACAAAAUAAAAAAAUAAUUUACAAAAAUCAAGAUCAAAUUCAUUUUGAAACAAAAUAACUUUACUAACUACGAAUCGUCAAUUUUCUAAAAAAAAUGUAACUUUUACAACAAUCGUUUAAAAAAUCAUUUUUUAUAGAAAAACUAGGGAAUCGAUUGAUACUAUUUAGUAAUGUUAAUAACUUAAAUGAUGUAAACUUCAAAAAUUCGUCGAAGAUUAACGAUUCAUCAUUAGCAAACAUUUGUAUACAUCAACAUUUUAUUUCAUAAUACACUUUGAGUUUAACUAUUUUAGAUUUAAUAAAAAAAAUAGUAUAAAAACAUAAAGCAGAGGAAUCCUAGUGCAAAGCUAUAGUAAUAAUUACAAAAAACAAUUUUAAUAAAAUACAAAAUACAAAAAAUAUCGAACUGAACCAAAGUUAUUGCAUUUGUAAGAUGUCCGCGAGACACUUUGUUUAUUGUACCCCACACAAUUUAGUAGCAAUAUUUGCAAUAUAUUUGUUUGAAUGUACACAAUAUUAUAUUCAGAUAUUACCAUUCGCAACAUUACGAUUGUAUGCGUUGUCAAUACAAAUUUAAAAAAUAUAAGCAUCGUCUUUUUUCGUUCCAGUUAUUCUUUAUAAAAUUUAUUUGUUCGUUUUUUCUAGAAAUAUUUAUCGUAUAUUUAUAUUUUAUACCCAUCCAUUUAUCAUAUUUAUUUUUACUAUACGCGUUAUACAUAUUAUAUAUAAUAUGUAAAAUAAUAUUGAAUCGCAUUUUAUAUACCGCGUGUCGCGUUACGUGACCUACAACGUGCAGGACACUGGACAGUUCAUUAUAUUUGAAUAAAGUUGCAUCGGAUACCUUAUUCUAUACCAGUAUAGUUAAUAUUUACACAGAGACUAUUAUAAUAUGAUAUAUUUUUUUAAAUAAUAUUUACUUUAAAACAUUUUCUUAGCCUCGAUACUUUUCGAGAGCAAUUGAUUCUUUUAUUUCGAUCCUUUAUUGGUUUCUUGGAAAUAUAACCUAUUCGGCAAUACGUAAUACGUAGAAAUAUUCACAAGUACCGUAUUUUAAAUGCAUAAUACUAAUAUAAUAUUUACAGCAUGUAGCCCAUGCCAGUAAUACCUAUUCAAUAAUUUCAAAAAUUGUUAUUUAUACUGUUUUUUUGUUUUUGUUUUCUACGAAAUAUCAAAAACGUAUAAUAUUAAACUUCGACUGACAUCAUUUUUUAUUGUAUUUGUACACAUACUUAUAUAUACCUAUAAUAAUAUUGUAAAAAUCAAUUCUAUAAUUAUUUCAUCGAAUUUCCCACAAAUAAGACAUAAGUGUAAUUUUAAAAAAAAAUGCAUUCGUAUGCAGAUAUUCGUAUCAAAAAUAUUAAUGGUGACGAACGAGUUUUUCCUUUUUUUUUUCUUUGGGAUUAUUUUUGAAAAAAUGUCCUAAUAUAUUUUUUAUACCAUGUUGAUUUAUUUUUGUUUGUUUUAUGAAGAAUGCUUACCAACAUAUUCAUACAAGAAAUUAUGAUGUUAUCAACAUUAAAACCGGGUAAGUUCAAGUAACUAUAUUAUUUUAAUAUUAUUGUACACAUACAAAACGAUUAUCACAUAGUAAUUUGCUGUUUUCGAUUCUGAAGAAAGCAAAGAAUGCGUUAGUUUUACUAGCACUUACUAAUGUGUUUUCUUUUUGUGGUUCUUUAAAUAACGAUUUACCAGAAAUCUUCCUUCAAUCGAAAACUUUAUGGGAACUCUCUCGUAGCAUUUUUGAUUUUGUUACUGGCACAUUGAUAGAAUUGAUAGAAUUUUUUCUUAAUAAAUGGGAAAAUUGUCAACCAAUGAUCUGGACUAUCUUGAAUACUUUUGGUAACAAGGUCAACAAAUAUGACUAAAAAUACUCUGCACAGAAUCGUUUUCUUUAGUUAUGGUCUGAGAUUCGGGGUUGCGCCCACUGGUCCCGGACGAGCAUUACGCGUAAGCAUAAGUGCCCGCCGCACCAAACCACCCCACGGGCGAUUACCCACAUCCGUUUCUGGAUCAUUAACCGCUGGCGGCUAGCGUCGCGUGCUUUCUUGUAGAAAAGACUUAUUUAGCUUUACCGGAAACGUAAUUAACAUGCGCCCCAAAGUUAAGUUUUCGAUCGAGAAUGACCCCGAGAUAUUUCACCUGCGGUACGAACUUGACUCGGCAGGCACUAUUCAUUCGGAUCGACGGAGAACGUGCGUGAAAACCUCUGACUAAUUGUGCCUCGGUUUUCUCCACGGAAAAACAGAGCUUGUUUCACUCGAGGGCCGUAACGAGGUCUUGAUCGGCCCUGCGCAAACGGUAACCCUUUCAGGCAUGGUAGCACUUAUUAAAUCAUCGAAGGUUGCAUAACGUUCCAUAAGGUCGGUGCGAGCACCGACCCCUGGGGGUAAACCUUCCAGAUUUCCUUCUCGAUUACGACCGACUUAUGCCGAAUCACCGCACAGCGACCCGAUAAAAAGUCCAUCACAAAAUUGAACAAGUCUGGCGAGAUAUCACGACGACGCAAUUCUGCCAAGACCGACAGCCACCAAGCGUUAUCAAAGGCUCUCCAGAUAUCGAGAAACACAAUGGCAACGUACUUGGCAGUUGAAUCACGCACUGUAGCGAGCAGUGUAUUGAUCACGUCUUCCGCCGAGCACUUAGCCGUAAAGCCAAAUUGUCUGACAGCCAAGGAGGAAUGACUGACAAGGUGAUCUCGAAGCCGCCCUCUUAAGAGGUUUUCCAGUGUCUUGCCCAAAACCAGUAGCAAACUAAUCUGGAGAUAUGAUUUCGGAUCCGACAUAUCCUUGGCAUUGCGUUUCGGAACAACUAUCACGUCAGCGACUUUCCAGGUCGACGAAAAUACACCCACCUGUAGAUAUGAGUUGUACAACACCCUGAUCUCCGGGGCGAGAAUCGGCAGGACCUGUGAGAGGAUGCCAGCUAUAAUCCGGUCGAGUCCGGGCACCUUGUGCUUACUCAUCGACAGAACGGCGGUGGUUACGCCUUGGAUCGUAAAUGCGUUAACUUCUGAACGUGCAGGGUGCCCACAGAGGGAGGUGAUAAUCUGUCGUUGCGUACAGAUAUGAAUUAAAUUACUCUGUAUAUUAUCCUCCCUCACAAUUUCCUUUCUAAAACAGUGACACGCUCAUCGGCAGUAUCAGCCUUGCUCUAUUUUAAAAAAUGAAUAAUACAUUUCUAAUCACAAUCAAUGUAAUACAACCAUUAUACUUAUACAAUAAUGUGUAUAUACAGUUACCUCUAAACAGUGAGCUCUAUGUAACAGUCAUUUUUUUCGGUCCCGUCAAAUGUUAUGUCUUCAUAAGAUAUCUCUAGAGGACGGUCACCUCUAAAUAGUGGUCAUUAUUUCCGGUCCCUUCGGUGACCGUUGUAUGAAAGUUUUACUGUAGUAAUUAAAUAAUAGAUGCAGGUAGAUAACCGCGGUUAAAUGCGAGGAGAAAUUCACCAAAGUGGUAUAUUUCUGUGAUUAAACUAUAUACUGAACUGAACUUUAUGUUCAAUUCAUACCUACUACAAAAUACUUAAUACUUAAUAUAGAGGAAAAAAAGAAACUUCAAAAUAUAUCUUUAUUCAUUAAAACUGACGUUAAAAUAAUUAUUUUCAAAAGGACGUCUUAAGAUAAUGGGGAUAGGUGCAGCCACUGUUAUAAAUAAUUUAAUAUAUACCUGUAAGAAACGAUACACCAUUGCUUACAAAAAAAAAAACGAUUUUAGUUCAUAUUGAUGCUUUGUCAACAAUAUAUUAUAUGUCAUACUAUAGUAAAAUAAUUAACAAAACUUUAUAUAUUUUCUUUAAUAAUAUUUCUUUAAUGUUGCACCGGUUUUCCCAGUUUUCCUACAUUUUUCCCAGUUUUCCCAUGUUUUUUUAUCGAUUUUUCACAUUUUCUGGGAAAAUUCCUAAUAAAAUUGAAAAAUUACCUCUCUAAAGUACCCCCCCUCCAUAUGGAGUUUCCUUUUAGAGAAAUUGCUAUCAUUAUAAAUUGAAGCUAAACUGCUGGCGGAAAAAUUGUCCACAGAACAAAAAAUCGUCAUAUUAUACAAAUAGAUGAACUGAUUUACCACAUAGAAAUUUAGACAUGAAUGGGAAUAAAACUGAGGAACUAAGUUUAAACCGUGGUGGACACGAUAUAAUACCAUUUAAUAUUUCGUAAAGGGAAGACAUUUUACGACAGGUAGAAAGGGAAUCUAAUUUUAUAUAAAGCUAAAUACUCUUUAAAGAGAGAUUAUCAUGAGUAUUAGUUAUUCUCCUUUUAAAACCAAUAAAUUGAAUGGAAUCCUCUUUGCACUCUUUUGAAUCUCUCUGAGUUGCUAAUGGAUUCUAAAUAAACAAUUUUAAAUAAUGGAACUAUAUUCUAAAAUGGAACAGACCAAGGUACAAUAAGUCAAUUUGACCAAUAGAGGAUUAUAAAACUGUAAUAUCUGUAUUUACAGAUAAAAAGCAUACUUACACAAUUGCAAAAGUUUUUCGGGAACACCAUCAGUUAGGAUACACUGAAGAAAUAGGAAGUUAUAAAUUAAAUGGUUUAAUAAAUUAUCUACUAGAUCUUUUAAAAUCUCGGGAGCAUUGAAUAUUAUUGAAUUAUAUUACGUUAUUUUAAAUUUCUUUUCUUUAAUUUCCUGAUCAAGGUCAAUAGACGAAGUGGGAAGAUAUGAAUUUGAAUUUUUCUGCACGAGAUUAGAAUGAAGAAAUUCGAUUUGUUUUCUAAGUUCAGAAUUUUCCUUUUUCAAAACUAGAAUAUCAGAUUAAAGAGAAUCAAUUAUUUCCAGAAUUAUAUCUGAAAUUUUUUCUUGGACGAGAAUUUUUGAUUUAAUUGAUUAAAUUUCAAUAUGCAAGCUUUUAAGCGAGUUCAUAACAUCUUUGAGAGAAUAUUCAACGGAAUUUUCAACACGCCAUUGACUCUUACCAAUAUUUAAUAUUGUUUUUAUUACCUGUCUAACUUUCCAAAACUUUUGCAAUAUAUUAUUAUAUUUACGCCAGUAUUUUGUGUUGUCAGAAAACAAGUAACGUUAAGGGACACGCUUCAUAAGCCUAGAGACGUAAUGCACGCUGAAUGGUCUCCGACCGAUUCAAGCUUGGCCAUCGUUGACGGUUACAAUAUAUUUUACAUUCCAACGGUCGCGAAACCGAACCACGCCAAACAACUAACUUUCCACGGUUCCAAAGACUUUUACAAUGGAAUUCCUGACUGGGUGUACAAAGGUAAGGAAGGUUUAUAAUAACAUAUUAUUAUAGUUGUUUUGUUCGACAUUUCUCAAACGUGCGAAUCCGCAGCGUAUUAUACAAUGUUUUCAGGAAAACGAGAACAUAUCGGCUAAAGAACCUUUUUACGUCAACAGAAAUUAUUGGAGUAAAUUUAAAAGUUUCUUAGUUCAUUAAAACUGAAUUGAAGACAAGUUAGUUUAUUUCUACGAUUUUGAUUGUUUAUAAUAAGCUUAAUAAUUGCCUUUAAACCGGGGUUUUCACUAAGUUCUUUAUAAACUAUUUUCUUGAUUUUUUUGUCGAGCUCCCCGAGGGCUUCUUUCGAUUUGAUCACAAUAAUAUAGACAAUACCCAAGCUAUCAAACAGGACCAAGUUUUGUAUUAGAAUUGACAAGGACUGUAGUAUUGGAGGAUAUGUAUACUAAAUUAUUUCUCAAUAAAUUACUAUUAAUUCAAUUUUUGAUAUUUUCUACUGAAAUGACAUCUAUUUUAAGAUUUAAAAUCAUAUCUUCAACGAUAACAGCGAUACACCACUGCAUUUUUUAAAAUAGGAGAAUAUUUAACAAAAAUAUGUAAGUAAGUUCAAAUAUGUAAUAUUAACCUUAGCUUAAAACAAUCAGAUUUUCCUGCAACAUGUAAAUACAUAUAAAUCCGCACCCUAUGCAUUACCAUUAUAACAUAUAAUGGUACAGUAUCAAUCGAAAAAACGCUUCGCGAUUAAUCGAUGAUUCGCUUUUUCAAUUAAUUGUUUAUAAAAAUAUUCGAUCAUGGAAAAAAAAAAUAAUCGAAUAGCCAUAAUAUGUAUAUCUACUUACGAAUGUACUCGUAAAAUGCAGUCUUCAUCAUUAUAUCUAAAAUACGGUAAUUUUUCUUUAAUUUCUAGAAGAAAUAUUUCGUUCGAACCGUGCAAUGUGGUUUUCCGGCCGAGGGACCAAAUUAGCGUACGCGACGUUCAACGAAACUCUAGUUCCAACGGUAUACUUACAGUAUUACGGAAUACCGGACACCAUGUACGAUCAAUACAGCCGACUGUUUAAUUACCAUUAUCCAAAAGUAUCACAUUGUCGUAUCAUUAUUAUUCGUAAUAUUUUGUGUACAUUUAAAAUUCGAACGUUGCAUGUUAUAUAAAUAGGUUAACGAUCCAAAUCCCACCGUAGAAUUAUUCGUGCAAAGCCUAAACAUUAAAAACGACCCCGCACCUGCAAUAUCGAUAAAACCGGUGAAUACCUACACGUGAGUAUAACAAUAUUUAGCUUGGGUGUAUUUAAUUAAUUUUAAAAUACUCAUUUUUAUUUCAAUACUCGGUUCUCAAUACUCUUGUUUAAAAAUAAAAACAAAAUGCAAAUAUUAACAAAUAAUUCGUUAAUAUUAUUUAUUUAUCUCAUAAUAUAAAUAUCAAUGUAAUAGUAGGUGGAUUCAAGCUAAUAUUAAAACUAACAACCCAAAAUUGGUUCUGUUGAACGCAAAUUCGCUAGAUGUAAAUAAACGUUGUAAAAUUUAAAAAAUACCUAUUAAAUAGUUUAAUUUAAUCUACUUAACCACGGCGUGGUUAUCACAUUAUCACUUAUAAUUUUAAAAUAUUAUAAACUUAUAACAUAAUUAAAUAUCAAAAUCGAUAGGUAACAAACAUUACCUUGGUUAUUAUUAUUCCGAUAUGCGAAUGUAUCGAGGCAUCGAAUGGCCCGUCAUCCUUAUUUAUUUCUAAUUAAAUAUUAUGUAUAAUGGUGUACACAAUAUAUAAUUUAUAGGUCAUAUUAUUAGGUAAAUAUAUUUUUAUAAAUUGUUUUCACUAUGUUCUUAGUAAGUUCAACCUUUAGAAUAUUUACACCAAUUUUCCAAAUCAAAUUCACCAUUUUUCUCUGUUCAAUGUUACGUCUCGUCAAUGUACUUCAGGUUCCUAGUUCCUCUGAUAUUUUAAUUACCUCAAUCCUUCAAUCUUAGACGUAAUUAUCCGAAGAAUUUACGCUUAAAGCAGAAUCAAUUCAUCCCUGUAAAACAUAGUUCAUAAACCAAUAUACGAUAUUAACGUAUAUUUGCCUCGGAUGUGUGGAAAAAAUACUUAUAACUAGAUAGGACAAAAGUCUUAAAUGAUUUAUAAAUUCUUAAAUUUUGUUGCCAAGUAAACAAAUUAUUAAAUUGCUUAUAUAAAUAUAUUAUAAUUUUUUGAAUAUUUUUAUCAACUUCAAAAUGUUUUAACAAAUAUUGUAGCCUGUAGAAGCAAUAUAAAUUAUUUUUAAAUUAUGGUAAACUUUCGAAUAAGAAUAAAGCCAUGAAUAUUAAAAGUAAUUUUAACUUUGGGCAUACUCGAAAGAAAAACAUUUUAAAUUGUAAUCAUGUGAAUUAAGUAUUGGCUUAAUAGAUUAUAUAAACAUUUAAUGUGUAUACCAAAAGGCGGAGGAAUACAGAACAAUUUAUCCUGUUGCUAAACUUAUAACUGAACUUAUACUAUCCAAACUUUAGACGCGUAAUUGACUAUUAUUAGUAGAUUCGAUUCAAUAUAAUUCGAUAUAGUUUAAUAUAUAAUAAUUGAAUAGGUUUUUAUUGUCAAAUAUUUUACUUUAUUUUUUAUAUCAUUCCCAUUGUAAAAGCUGUUUGGCGUUAACUUUUCAAAAUAAAAUAAAUAUCAACAUCAUCUUUGAGGUACACAAACGGAACAUAUAAUUAUGGACGUUUUUUUUUUUAAUUUAAGUACUUAAGAGUUGGGAAAAUUGAAAGUUAUUAAAAUAUCUUUGUUUAGUUACGGACAAAUUAAAAAACCGUACAAUUCACACGAAAAGUAAACGUGACACGUUUACACAACAUUAUAAUAUUAUAUACUUAACCUUUAGGAACAAAAUUUCCAAUUAUUAUUAUUAUCCCCGUCCUAUUUCAUGGACGACAGAAUUGCAUAGUAAUUAAUUAUUUAGUAUUACGAACCGUAUAAAUUGUAUGUCCACAUUUCACAUAUUAUAUCAAGGGCUUUUCAUUGUGAAGUGUACUUAAAAGAAGGCAGGUGCUCGACAUAGAUGUAUAAUUUAAAGGUAAAAACACAUGUUAUAACGCAAUUUCGAGCCUAAAGUGGCCGUUUAUGUAUAAUGCGAUUUAUAACGUUUGCCCGAAUACGCAGAAAAUAAUAUUAUUAUUGCUAGAAUAAUAUACAGUUUUACUGUAUGAAAAUUGGAAAGGUUAAUUUCAUUACAGAAUAAUUGUAAUUAUAAUUAAUAAAAACAAACAAUAGUGUUGACACGAUGGUUUAUUUUUUUUCAAACAUUUUAUCACAUAGGUAGUUUGCAAGGUCAAUAUAAUGUAAUUAUUUCUCUGUCCUGUCAAAUUUUAACAAGCGCAGACACGUGAUAAACUAUAUAAUCGUUAUUCCGUUUAAAAACAAAACGGAAUACAAAUCCAUUACAAUACAUUAUAUAGUUACUGCAUUUAGUCACGAAAAGAAUAGAUUAAUAAAAAAAAAAAAAAAACGUAUCAUCGUCACUUAUAUAAUUACUUAAAUGUUUCCAGCAACGAGACUAUUCUCGAUACAGUUAUAUGGUCGGGUGACGAGCAUUUGUACGUCAUGUGGAUGAACAGAAUUCAAAACGAGUCACACUUAGUGCAUUACUACAUCUCUAAUAACUCGGUUGAAGUCAGAGAAGUAAGUAAGUAAGUAUGUAAGGACCCCCCCUUAUUAUUCUGCUAGUGAAACUAUACAAAAUUUAUGAGGAAUUGAUUUACUUAGUAUAGCGCUAUUCAGUGGCACCGUCAGUGACGAAUAUACACAAUGUCCUACAGUAUUAUUCUUAUGUUAAUAAUUCUGUCAAUAAUCAAUUUUUUUUUCAAUUGGAUUUUUAGCGGGUUUAAGUAACAUCCCCGUCUGAUAUAUCCCAGUUGCCAUUUCCCUGUCGGGAAUUUCCUCGUCCGAUUAAUUUUCCUGUGGGACGUUUCUCCGUCCAAUUAAUCUUAACACCUCAUACAAACAAUAAAUAAGUGAAUUUUAAUAAAAAGUAUAAUAUAAGUAUAAUUAUUGCCCUACCACUUAUGGCUUAUGGCUUGGGAAAUGUAACUAUAUAGGUAAGAAAAUUGUAAUUUUUUUUUUCUUAUACUAAAACUGCAAGUAUCUCACUAUUUUAUUUUCUAAAUUAAUUCAUCUAAUACAUCUAAGUUAUUUAUAUUCUAUCAAUAUUUAUUAUCAGUUGAUAUCACGUUUAUAAUGUUGGCACUACCUACUCGUGCUACAGACUCGUCAAGUCUGUAGCACCUGCAUCAUUAUUUUGCAAAUAAUUUACUAAAAUUUGCAUAUUCUUCAAUUUUUGAGCAAACGGGUUUUCUCUCAAGAGUAAUUUUUUCAAUUAUUCAGAUUGAUAUUAUUUCAGCAUACAUAACUGAAAAAAAAAAAUAAAUUUACCAUACAAUUAUAUUCAUAAUAUACAUUAUAUUAAAUAUAUAAAUAUAAUGAUAUAUUUAAUUAUAAUUUCUAUGUCAUGGUCAAAUGUAAAUAUUUAUUUUAAAAAUGUCUGUAUUUCCCUAUUUAUAGUUUAAAAUUAAUAAGUCCAGAGACCACUAGAGAUUCACUUAUUUAUUGGUUGUAUAAGGUAUUAAUUGGACGGGAAAAUGUCCAAUGGGGAAAUAAAUCAAACGGGGAAAUAGAGACGGUAGUGUGACACCGUGUGACCUAGAUAAAAAUUUAAUUUUUAUUUCAUUAUUUAAUCACUGGAAAAUAAAUAAAUUUUUAUUUUAUCAAUUUUCAAAAUUUUCAAAAUAGCCAUCUGUAAAGCCUCAUCCAGACUAUGGACCAAUACAACCGAAAGCAAAUGUCACCACAUUCGGUGUUGUCUGUAAUCAUAUGUAAAGAGCAUAAGCACAUUGUCCAAACUCAUUCCGAAUGAGUAAUUAGUCCUCAUAUGGAACCCUUCGCUUAUUCAUUUCACAUGUGUACAUAAUUUUAUAAUAUUUUCCUAAAUUUUUAAAUUUAAAAUUUAAUCAGUGUUAUUUUUAAAACUUACAUCUCUGAAGAUGUUAUAAUAUAGUCGUCUAAUUUAGUCGCGAACCCGUAUUUUGAACCACUUUUCCUUUUUGAUAAAUUUCACCCAGCACUCUGUUUCCCCUUUAAAAUCGCUGUCUCACCCCUCCGCUUAGCAUUUAUCAUACUUCCUUUGAUUUUUGAUACGCACAAUAUGACGUAGUUCUCCUUUUCUUGUUUUCUUUUAAUUGGCAUGAAACUUUUUCCCAGCUUGAUUUAAACUCAGUGCCUUAUACGACGCUUUACAUUUCUGUAUCCUUCACUAUGUCCCACAACAAAACUUUGUUGUCUCUAAAUGUUCAUUCUGAUUCUCUAAAGAACUUAAAAAUAUAGUUUAUCUUAAGAACAAAGUACAUUCUAAGUACAAGGUUUCUCUUGAUCCUUCCAAUUAUCAGGAUUUCUCUCUCUUGCGGGCAUGCUUUAAAUUAGAAUCAAAAAAAUGUAACAAAGCUUUCAUAUCAAGAACUGAAUAUUCCCUAAGUUGUAAUCCUUGGAAAUGUUGGGGCUUUUUACGUUAAAAUCGCUUAAAUAACCGUCUUCCUGAGCUUCAAUAACUCACCCAGUGCCAAUAAACUCGAUGCUCCAAAUAAAUUGUCUUCAUUCUUCAGCUCUGUUUUUUCUACCAAUUUAUGUCAACAUAAUUUCCAAACCUCCUUGUCUCACAUGCUCCUAUAUAACCUUUCUAACAACUGCAUUUUUAUGUUCAUAAUAUUUUCUCUGGACUUACUGCUCUCCGUGGUGUUAAAUCUAUCGGUCCUGAUGGACUCUCAGGUGAUUUUGUUUAUAAAAUUAGGACAUUUUUCUCCCAUGUGCUCUUUCAUUUGUUUAGGCGGUCUCUUGAUGAAGGUUUCUUUCUCGAUAUAUGGAAGUUAAACUCUAUUACUCCUAUCUUUAAAUCUGGCUACUCUUCUAAAGUGGAAAACUUACGUUCCGUUACUAUUCUCUCUCAUGUCAGUAAACUUCACGAAUCUAUUGUUUAUACAAAUAUUCUUCCACUUGUCAACCCCAUAAUCAUGGACGAACAAUUUAGCUUUCGUCCAGGAAGGUUCACCAACGCUUAUUCUAUCACUUUCUCUUAUUACAUAUUUGAUGCAUUCCAUGAUCAUUCUCAAGUAGAUUCCAUUUUUCUUUAUUUUUCAAAAGCGUUUGACAGAGUUAACCAUGACGCAUUGUUGAAUAUCCUAGUGGACUCGAGGUUUGGCAAUCCUUUAUUAGCGUGGUUUAAAUAUUUUCUUAAAGACAGGGUCUCUUGGGUCUACUUUCAUGAUGUUAGAUCUGAUCUGUUUACCCCUACGUCUGGGGUUCCUCGGGGUGGCCACUUGUCCCCCUUCUUUUCGUUAUUUAUAUUAAUAACAUUAAUCGGGUUCUUAACCACAGUCAUCUUUUAGCUUUCGUUGAUGGCUUAAAAAUAUAUAUGCGUAUUAAUUCUAUUGACUGCUGUAAAAAACUACAAUUUGAUCUGGAUAAUAUCCAGAGUCCAUUACCUGGUCUAAUAUUUUGGAUCUUCAGUUGAAUAUUUUCAUAUAUAUCACUAUGACCUUUACGCGUUGUCUAAAACCUAUUAACUUCAGCUAUGUUAUCUAAGGCUUUAAUUUACCUAGAGCUUCUAAUGAAAUUCGUGAUCUCGGUUUUAUUUUAUGCCCUUCACUAAGUCCAAAUCUCCAUAUCGAGGAAGCCUGUUGUAAAGUUCUAAAAAUGUUGGGUUUCUUGAAGCGUAUUUCCUCCGAAUUCAAAUUAUGUGCUUCUUUUAAAGCUCUUCAUUGUGCCCUCGUUCGGCCAAUUAUUGGAAUAUGGCUCUAUUUUCUGGAAUCCCUAAACUGCGGUUGCUUGCAGACAAUUAGAACGAGUACAAGUGCGAAUUUCUUAAGAAUGUAGCUCUCCUGCUCAAAAUAGAUCACACUCCACAUAUCUACAAUAUCGUUCUCCAUAAACUUAAUUUAGUAAGCUUAGUGGACUGCAGACUUUCUGCCAAAUAUUUACUUCCUGCAGAAACUUCUCUCCAACGAAAUUGAUUGCCCAUUCUUACUUUCUAAUCUUAACUUUUAUAUUCCUUCUCGUAUUACUUGUUUAUCUAAAAAAAUUUCCCUUCUUUUCCACUCUAUUAAUUACGAAUUUAAUGAACUAAUUAUCCACCUUAUGUCUACUGCCAAUUCCAAGUUUUCCUUUUUUUGUUCUUAAUAUUUUUUGUAUCUUAAACCAACAAUUUUCUUCUCUUUGAACCAAAAUAUAUAUUUUAUGCUCUUGUAAUUUUUCUUGUAAAUUAAUGUAUCUGAAUAACCUAUAAUUAUGUUGAUGUAAGGACACAAGCCUAUUAUUAUAAAUAAAUAAAUAGUUAUAGUAUUUUCUGUAUUUUUUAAUUUCCUAGAUUUUAACUGUUGUUUAAAAAUUGCAUAGAUUUAAAUUCAAACCAUCAUAUGUGAUACGCCUCGUCUUUGCCCAUUCCAGAUGUAGUUCCUUCUUCCUACCGUUCGCACCUGAAUGAAAUCGAUAAACUUUCCAUUUUUUUUUUUUGCAUAUAUCAAUAACUUCAGAAUUCAAUUCUUUUGCAAUUUCACUCCAUAAAUAUAUAUAUAUCAAUUUUUUUUUUUUUAUUUAAUUCACACUCAAAAUCAGUUGGAUCCCAUAGAAUAGACCUUCCUUGACAAAAACCUAUUAAUUGAAGGAAUAGUUUAUCAGUCUAAUACAUUUUAAAAAUAUUUAUCAUUUAAAAUUAUACACAAUUAUAAUUUAAUAAAAUAUUAUUGAAAUAAUUAAACUUGCACAAUACAAAAAAAAAUAUAUAUCGUUCGGACCAAAUGCCAACCGAAGACUAAAAUGUUAACAAAUCGUGUAUCAAACUGAUAAAGAAUUUAUUUGAAUUUACCUACCGCUCCGCGAAUGAAAGCGACCGAAAACACAUUCGCCGUUUUCAUUCGUUCGGUUGCACUUUCCACACUUCAUACAUCACCGAAUAUAGUGGUCACGUGUGCCUUCGGUUGCGUUAGUCGAAUAGUCUGUACGAAGCUUAAAAUAUAUUAUUCUUAUAAAUUGAAUGUAACAUACAUUCACAUCCGAUCAAUUGUGUCUUAGUAAUAGCCAGUUUUAUUUCUAAAAAAAUUGGCAUGAAAACAAUUAAUUUGCUAUAGCAUUUUUUAUAUUAUUAUAGACAAUGGAAUUCCUCCAGGAAAACGGAUGGCUCAAUUUUCGCCGAUCCAUCUUAAUCGAUUCCGAACAGCAAGUCGCCUUGGUGUAUCCGACGGAACAAACGAACGGCGAUUCUUAUGGACACGUGACUGUGAUACAAACGAACGGCGAAAUGAAAACAUUGACGGACGGUAAAUUCGAAGUUACGAAGCUCGUGAAGUGGAACUCGGAAACCAAUUACAUGUAAGUGACGGAAAAUUUGUUUUGGUAAUUACAGUAAUAAUAAAAACGAGCUCUUCAGUGGCGUGUAGGUAACGAUGGUAAUCGGAAAAAAAUUGCACCCUACCGUUUGUAGCUCCACUCCUAAAAACUCCACUAUUCUAGUGGUCACUGAAGCGGAUUUACAUAUAUUGGAUAAACAAUAUUUUGAAUAAUUCUUUCCACCUGAAUUAAAAUUCGGAUUGAAAAAAAUAAAUAGUCAAAGUGCAUUUAGGUAAAAACUACAACCCUUUGAAAACAAAAAACUCAACUUACAAGAAUUGAAAACACUCAUUUUAAUCCCUUCUCACUUACAGCCUUAGGACUAAUAAUGAUUUUAAAAAUGGUUAAAAAUAAGUUUUUAUACAUAUUAAUAUAAUUAAAAAACGUUUUUCAAAUUUUUUGCCCUUGUAUUAUACUAUCUGUCAAGUGUCAAGUACGGGCAAGGGCAAACCUUGCACGUAAAUAAUAAAAAUAAUAUUUUUGGUUUUCAUAAGUGUCACCAGAGUAACCCAUAAAUAAUAAUAAAAAUAAAGGCUGAUAGAGUAAGUAUCUAUAUCAAUAUUUAUGAGAGAAGUUAAAAAGGUGGAUAUACAGGGUGACCUACAGUGAUAUUUUGAUAUUUUUAUUCUAAUAACUGUUAAUAUUCAUUUUAUUUAAUUUUUUUUUUCAAUCGGGUUUUAUGUAAAAAAUAACUAAAUUUUUAUUUUCAUCCCUUAAUCACUGAAAAAUAAUUUUUAAUUUUUCCACUUUUUAAAAAUGUCAAAAUAGCCAUUUUUUAAAAUAUAUUAAUCUAAACAUUUUAAUGUUACAUUCAUAUUCGACUUAGUUUCUCAGAUAUAGUGGCUUUAAUGUGUAGAAAAUACACAUGAAAUCAAUAUAUAUUCAAUACAAGAUAAGGAAUUACCGUAUUGAUUGUUAUUCUUUAUUACUUAACAUGUUAUUCUAUUAAAAAUUAAUUGUUUUCACGCAAAUUUUCUAGAAAUCGAAACGGUUAUUACUUAGGAACUAUUAAUCGGGUAUGAAUAUAUGUUACAUUAAAAUAUUAACUAAAAUAAUAUUUUACAAAAUGACUAUUUUGAUUAUUUUAAAAAGUGAUAAAAUAAAAUUAUUUUGUAUCAGUGACUAAGGGUUGAAAAUAAAAAUUUAAUUUUUCUCAACAUAUAUGUCUUCCUUGCACAAAACCCGAUUGAAAAAAAAUUUCAAAAUUAAUAUUGAUAACAUUAUUAGCAUAAAGAAAACACUUUAGGACACUCUGUAUAAUGUAAUUUAAUUUAUAUCUAUGUGCAACGAUAUACCAUUGCUAAUGAAAAACAACUGUGAUCGGAGUAUCAUUAGUUUUUCCUUUGAUGCUAAUGUAACCCAGAAAUUAACAAAAAAAUAUAAAAAAUUGCCAAUUUAUCCAAAAAAAUCAAAAAAGUGAUCUCCCAAACAACAAGAUAAAUAAAAAUACAACAAAAAGAUUCUGAUAAUGUUUUUGACUAGAGUAAGAUUUCUGGUAGAAAAGUUGUUUGAAGAAAAAGCAAAAAACGCAUCAUUAAUGAUGAGAUACAAACAAUACUUAUAGUUGAUAACUCUUGUAACUAAUAGUUAUCAAUGCAAUGAGUGAAUGAAUAUGGCAUAUGACUUUACAAUCAAAAAUUUAAUAUUAUAAUUUAUUAAGCUAUUAUAUACGAAAUAUAAUAGUAGCUGGUGUACUCAUAUUAAUUUAUAGCGUCAAAUUUAUUGUAUUCGUGUGAUUUGGUGCGCUUAUUAUUUUGUGGCAGCGAUAAAUUAACAAAUUAAAAACGAUAAAACGUGAUUCUCUCUCUCUCUUUUUUUAUUUUUUGUACAGCGAGACUUUGGCGAUUCUAUAACUUUUAUAUGACGUCACAAUAUUCGGAAAAUUAGUCGUUACUAUUAUUCAUAGACAAGCCGCAAGCAAAAUUAGGUUUUGCAACUUAAACUUUGUGAGUCGUCGAUACAAAAUAUGUAGCGCACACCAUCCACGGUUUUCAAGCGGUUUUUAUUUUUACUGAAAAUUUAAUUUCAAACUAUAAUAAUCACUAACUUUUAAACUCUGUAAUAAUUGAAUAUCCGAGAUCAUUCAACAAUAAAAUUAUGUAAAUUCAUGAUUUUUUUUUACACAAAUAACCAUAAUAAUUCAGUGGGUGGCUGAAUAAUAAAAAAAAAAAAAACAUCAGUACAACAUAUAUAAAAUACUUGCAUAAUAAUUAAUAGUUUCGCAUGGUUAUUGUAACGAAUGAGUUAGCAAUUCUACGACUUCUGUCAUUUUCGAAAAUUUCGAUUAAUUUCCAGACAAUUUUUAAUAUAGUUGUUCAAUAUACUAGGUCGAAUAUAAUGUCCCGGGAAAAUAUUAUUUCCACAUAAUAUUAUGUUAUAUUUUUAUUUUUUUCGUCCUCAAAUGUCAACUGUUAUCGGAUUGUUGGAACACCUGUACUGGUAUACACGGUGUAAAAAAUAAAUUGGUACGACGCGAUGCAUUAAACAUGCACCGUUGUCAUAUUAUCGUGUUUAAAUGUGUCUCUACUUGUCGUUCGAAUGUCCGAAAACCCGUCAGUUAUUUUUUUUCGGGUCAGGUUUUAUUUUUGUUUUUUUUUCUUUUAUACGUGGGUGGUUUUACACGUCGUUAUUGCGACAUUGGGCAUCGCAUUCGAUUUUGUUUUGAUAAUAAUUGAAUUGAACACUUUAUUAAAUUACCACCGUGAAAUAAUUUACCAAUCGCCCGAGGACGAUAAAUGAAGCGUCCAGAGACUAAAAUACUGUUCAACUGGUCAUUUUUUUCUAAUAUGUAUUAUUAUUUAUGUUAUUGUUGUUGUUGCUGCUCGAUUCGGCCAUCCAAAAUAUUCCGGUUAUUUAAAAAAAAUAAUUGGAUUUUCUAUAGAAUAAUAUAUUUUCGUCCUCGAAUAUACUAUUAUAUUAACUUCGAACCGCAUAGAUAUAUACUAUACAGGGUGUCCCACGAUUAUUCGACACUUGGAAUAACUUUUUUUCUAUUCAAUGUUUUUAAUAUAUAUUUUUUUAAAUAAUUAGUAUCCCUCUGCGCUACAAUUAAUAUAUUCAAUUUUUCUUUUUAGGCAGGAGAACUUUAAAUUAAAAAUUAAAAAAUUGUAUUGUAAUUUUUUCAAAAACAUCCAUAGCACAUAACGGGGUUUUUUCAUUUCCAUGAAUUAAUAUCAUACAACAAUACUACGGACUAAUAUCAUAAUAAAUUGUAAAUCAAAAUAAUAUUCACAUUUAUUUAUUAGAAAAUAAAAUAUCAUACCUAUAACAAACGUUUCAACUAUCAAACGUUUUCAAAAGAAUCUAUUUUACUUUUAUUUUUUCUUAAUUAUAGUAAAAUUUAAAAAUUUUUAAUUUACCCACCUAAAAAAAAAUGUGUAAUAUAUCAACUGUGGAGCAGAGGAAUAGUAAUUAUUUAAAAUAUAUAUAUAUUAAAAACAUUGAAUAGAACAAAAGUUAUUCCAAGUGUGACACCCCCAUCGUGGGACACCCUGUUGAUUUGUUGUGAUAUACGAUGUUAUUAUUAUUAUUAUUAUUAUUAUUAUUAUUAUUAUUAUUAUUGGUUCAUGAUGUGUUAUCAUAAUAGUAUACAAUGACACCGUUUGUGCAGAUAUUAUUUAGCCAACGUCGAGGGUGGUCCCGAGAAACAACAUUUAUACAGAGUGCUGGUGAACUUUGAAUGCGGCCAACAGAACCAACCGGAAUGUUUGACAUGUGACACAGGAUGCAAUUUUAACGAAGCAACAUUCAGUGAAAAAAAUACGUACUUGGCGCACAUAUGUAUGGGACCGAGCAUACCGUACGUGAACAUAAUGAAAACCGUACGUACAAUUAUUGAUUUUUUUUUUUUUACAAUAUUUUUAUUCCACAUUCUGUCGGGAAAAAAGAGCAACUCACACCAUAGGUAGGUCACUGCUGUAGAUGUGAAUCGGCUACAGUUUGGAAGAUAUAGUCAUAUAGGGUGUAUAUAAUAUAUAGAUAGAAUAAUUAAUUAGUUUAUGUACUAUAUGUAACGGUACUUCGUUCCAAACCGAAAAUGAUUCUGAAUGGAAUAGUAUAUUAGUAUAUUAAUAAAUUAGUAUACUAGUCGUGUUUUUAGCCGUGUUAACACGGAAAUCAACAAAAAUAAAAAAUAAAAAAAAUAAAAAGGUAUUAAAGUCGAACUGUUGAAAAUUUGGAUAAAUUAUUAUAAUGCCUAUUUAAUUAUAUUUUACCAUAAUAUGACAUAUAUGCAUGUAUUAUUGACAAAGCAUCACUAUCAGCUGAACUCCACUCAGAAUCGUUUUUUGUUAGUAAUGAUUUAUCAUUGCUUAUGGUAUACAUUAAAUUAUUUAUUACAGUAGCUGCACCCAACCCCCAUUAUCCUAGGACGUCUUUUUAAUUUUGAAAUUAUAUAUUUGUUCAAUGUACCUAAUUAAAUACUUAUUGUUAAUGUAUGAUAAUUAUAAUGAUAAUGAAUAUGUACCGUCGGUUAUAAAUAUGACUUGUACUAUUUCAGAACAUUUAUUUUAAUUUUAUAAAAAAAACCCGAGUUCUGUCAAAACAUUUUUUUUUUUUUUUAAAUAAAAACAAGGAUUUAUCGUUAAAAAACGAAUGUCAAUAUUGUAUGCAACUCCGUCCUCUCCAAGAAAUUAAUUUUUGAAUAAAGCAACGUAAAUUAGAAUUGCAUAAAGCGGUAAAAUACCUAAGGCCGGCCCUGCGUAAAAGUGGUUUCAGAAAAAAAAAAAACAUAUUUGUAAAAAUUUAAGUGUCUUCAUCAUUAUACUCAGAAUUUAAAAUAAAAAUCCCCGAAGCUGAACGCUGCUAUAAAUUAAGUGUGUACUGUAUAUCUAAUCGGUGACUAUAUUAUUAUCUUUGAUUAUUUUAUUGUCUUUUAAGGAUGGUGAAAAUAUUGCUGCGUGGGAAACAAAUAAAAAUGUGUACAGACAAUUGGAAAACGUCACUUUACCUCGAGUGUUAUUUUUGACCAUACCGUUGGUCGACGGUUUCGAAGCUAGUGUGAAAUUACUAAUUCCACCGGGACUUGACGUUUCGCCGGGCAAAAAGUAUCCCCUAAUAAUUAACAGGUAUAUAAGUUAAAUUAUAAUACCUAUAUAACGAUUUUUAAGUGGCCCGCACAGUCGAAUAAAUAAGCCCCCAUACAAUCAUACAGAUAAAAAUGAAAAUUUAAAUAAAUCAAUUAAUAUCUGUAUACAACGACAAACUAUUACCAGCGAAAAGUGAUUCUGAACCGAGUAUUAUUCGUCGUAUUUUUUCUCUUGUUGUCCAGCCAAAUUGCCAAGGUAAUCCAAAAAUCAAUAAAAAUCGACAAUUUUCUACCUUAUCGAAAAACUAAAAGGAUAUUUAAAAAAUGAAAAUCUAAAUGCACAGACUAAAUCAAAAGUUUUAUAUGAAAGUUCCUGUAUAGUUUUUUAUUGGAACAAAAUGUCUAGUAGAAAAAUUAUUUACAGGAAAAAAAUACAUCAUAAUACAAUCAAUACGUACAUUCCUUGUUUCAUCCAGAAUAUAAAAUUAAAAUAAACUAGUUAUCAAUUAUUAUUCUCAAAACAAAAAUACAUUUUUGUUACCUCGAUUUACCCUCUUAAGUUCGCUGCUUACGUUAUCACGAUAAUUACAAUAAUUAACGAUUUAAAUUUUAAAAACAAAAUAUUAAACUCAUUUAUUGAAAACUUAUAAAUAUACCCAAAUCAGUAAGUAGGCCUAAGUUACCCUCAAAACAAAAUAUAAAACCUAAUAUUUUAAAUAUAAUUUGUUCGGCAUUUGUUAUGUUCCAUGUAGUUAUGGUGGUCCCAUGGUAAACGUAGCGUUGGACAAAUUUCAAAUAGACCUGGACAUGUAUCUCAGCGUAAACCACAAUAUUAUUGUGGCUUGCAUCGAUGGUCGAGGCACAGAGCUUAGAGGAACCGAUACGUUGUUUGAAAAUUAUAAAAAAUUGGGUACAGGGGAAAUCGACGAUCAAAUCAUUGUUGCCAAGUAUGUAUAUAAACGAGUUUAUAAAAGUAUAUUCAAUACCGAUUUUUUUUGAUUUUUUUUUUGUCUAAUACAUACUAAUGUUGUAAUAUUAAUAUGCAUAUUUAGACUGAUUUUCGACAUAGUGAAACUAUAAUAGUUCUGAAAAAUAAAUUUAAAUUCAAUGUGAAAUGUACACGAAUUUAAAUCAUUUUUUCAGUUCUUAAUUUACAAAAAUUUAAUUUGAAAAUAUUUACCGAUUUAAAAAAAAUUUGGAAGGUAGGAUACAGAAGGGAAUUUAAUGCAUAUCUGUAAGUAACGAUAAACCAUUGCUAACGAAAAUUAAAAAAAGAUUCUAAUUGAAGUUUAGUUGAUAGUGUAGCUUUGUCAACAAUAUAUAUGUCAUAUUAUAGUAAAAUAAUUAGGCAUUACAUAUUUUCUUUAAUAAUAUUUGUUCAAUAUUGUACCGAUUUUCCUGGUUUUUCCUAUUUAUUGGGAAAACUCCUGAGAAAAUCAAAAAAUGACGUCCUUAAAGUAUCCUCCCAGUCAGAUUUCCUAUCAGAAAAAGUGAUAUCAUUAUAAACCGGAGCUAAAUUUCUGAGAGAAAAGUUGUCCACAUUUUAAAAAUAAAAAAAUAAAUAUCUUUGUAAAACCAUAAGCUUCUUUGCUCCACUCAAAAUCUAAAAAUUAGCCUGUCGUUAUUGUGUAUACUUCACACUAAAUUCAUAAUAUAACAUAUCUGUUGUCAGAAUUCGUAUUGCCUCACUACAUAGAUUGCGAAUGAUAGAAGAAAAUAAUAGGUCUAAAUUAGUAUACUUUGUAUAUAUGUGUCGUACGUAGAUUCAGAAUUUCAGAAAGAAAAUAUCGGUAUCCAAUUGCUUUAACUUUAAUAGAAAUUGUGUACGUACAAGUAAUUACGUCAUACGGAAUACGCGUAUAGAGUGAAAAAAAUUGAUUCUGUCAUUCAAUAAAAUGAGAUAAAAAUAAAAAAAUUAACGUUCACGAGCCAAGAAAAAAAAAAUGAUUCGACAAAUAUUUCUACAAAAAUAUCUCCAUUAUUUUUUACUAGUAAAUUAUUAUGUCCAUUAUAAUACAUAAUUUGUAUGCAAAUAACUCAAUUAUUAUUCAUAGGUAUAGGACCCAUUUUUAAAUUUGUAUUCAUUAUUCGUUGAUGAUUUGUUUUUGCCCAGUUCUGGUUGAUAAUAAUAUUAUUGUGUUUGGCCAUCAAAUUUAUGUAAAUGAUACUUUUUGUUAAUAUAUUAAAAACUCAUUUCGUCCUGCAGCGUCACAGCUACAUUUCAUAAUUUCCCACUAGUUCGACGGUACGGUUUUUUUAUUAUACUAUAAUAGCAUAUGUCGUACAAGGACAGGAAAAUUGUAUUUAUUUAAAAUUAAAUAUCAUGUACUAUCAACUCACGUGAACAUAUGUAAAAAAGUAGGAACUUUCAAGUGAUUAUAAAUACUUUUUAAUAUAUAUAUAUAUAUAUAUAUUCAUAGUUAAAUACUUAAUUUGUAAAGUACCUGCCUGCAAAACUAUGUAUUUUAGUUGAUUAAAUUGUUUCUAAUAUUAUGUAAUAUCAGUAAUAUUUACACGAAAUAGACGAAAUGCGUAAAAAAAAAAGUUUGUAUAUAAUUUCUAAAUGUUUUUCUUUAACUUGCCCUGAGUCGUGAGUUUGUAAUUCUACAUGUUCUCAUAUUUACUAUGAUAAUACAAUAACCAAUAAUUCGAUAUUACGUUACCACUCUCAUUUUCAACGGAGCUCGAAAAGGCCAUGAGAUAUUUCAACCAUAAACCUUAUACUUAUAGACGAAACAUCCAGGCCUGGCGCAGUAGGGUGGUGAAGUUAUAAAAAGUAAAAUCACAGCGAUGCCAAUUCGUUGGAGCAAAUUUUUUUUUUUUUUUAAUUUUUACACCGUGAUAUUAAUUGUGAUAGUAUUGGCAUGUGAAACAGCAACCGAAUAUGAUCUUAAAACGUAUUAUGCAUUUAUGAAUAAUCAAUUUACACUCCACAAUAGGUAUUUCAAAUGUUUUCAUUUUUUAUAAAAUAAAAAUUUAUAUUUAGGUAUAUUAUAAUUUUAUAUAUGUCAAAAAGUAUGUAGUCCACCUUCUAAAAGUGUCAAAAGUGUUCUGUUGUGACAUUUGUUCAUCAUUUUCAAACCAAAAAUAUCUAAAUACCAAAUAUGGGGGGGAGUGGAUUUCAAAGGAAGUGAAGUCUAACCUAACCUAUCGGGAAGUGGGAACGCUCCAUAGAGGGAGAGCACGUGUACUAUAUUAAAGUCGUCGCUUGCAGACUGCACGGCGUUCCUUUUAUACCUUUAAGUGCGUAUUUACGACAAUUUACAUUAAUAUAAAAUGAAUAACUCUACAGUAGUAAAUCUCUAUACAUCAAAGCAAACGGGCAUACUUUGUUCGAUGAGUAGGCCAAGCUCUAUUUCCAAAUUGUUUACAUUCAAAAGAUUACCUAAUUUUUACUUUUUAGUACAAUUUUUUUUACUAGUCUGAAUGUCUACAGAUAUUUACAAAAAACCUUAUCGUACGUAGACAGCGACAGGACCGGCAUUUACGGAUGGAGUUAUGGUGGCUACGUGGCCGGCAUGGCUUUAGCUAAAGACAACGAACACGUAUUUAAAUGCGCAGUCUCGAUCGCUCCCGUAACCGAUUGGAUAUAUUAUGGUUUCGUAUAUUUACCUCCUAUAUUAUAAUUAAUUUUGAUCCAUGAUCAUUAUCAUCCAGUGCUCAAAUUGGAAGAAUAAAAGAUGAGGAGCUACGAUACUUAAUAUUUUAACGGCUCUUGUAAUGGUUGAAGUAAACUUAACUUGGGAAUUUUGCCUUGACUCCGCUCACUCCUUUACACUAUUUUCCCAGUUAUUUCGAAUAAUUAUGAAAACUGCAAUGAAAAUCAAAUAAAUAAUCGCCAUAAUGCACCAGCCAAAAGAAAUUUGAUCUCAGAUAAAGUGAAAUACUUGAAAAUCGGAAUAAUAUUACUGGUAUAAAAGUUGUUGAUAGACUGUUAAAAACACAUCAUAAUAAAACCAAUGCAUAUUCCUCGACGUACAUCUAAAAAAUUAUAAUAAUUUAUCUUAACCCCUAAAUACCUAGUUUUUUGGAAAUAUUAAUUACAAAACAGACAUACCGUUCCUCCAUCACAAUAGAAAUAAUUAUUUAAGGGAUGCUAAAAAAAAUAAAAAUUAGUAGAGUAGCUCCGCCCUCCAACGAACCUCAUCCUCUCAAAUCAAAAUGACAAUUCCAUUGUUUGAACUCAAUUUUUAGACUCUAUUUAUACCGAGCGUCUUAUGGGGAUGUAUACCGAAAAUUUCGAAGGUUAUCGUAACUCUAGUUUAAUAGAAAAUGCCACGAACCUACGACACAAGAAGUACAUGCUUAUCCAUGGAUUGUUCGACAACAACGUUCAUUUCCAACAUUCGGUGAUGCUGUCGAAAGAAUUACAACACCUGGGUAUUACGUUCAGCCAGCAAGUAUGUGGAUAAAAUUAUUGUAUUUUAUUUUUUCAUGCAUUUUAGAUAGCGUGAUAUUGAUGUGUAUAAAACGUAUUAAGUUUAAAUUUAACUUAAGUAUAUAAAAAAAUGAUAGUGGACUUGAAAAAGAUAAAGGUAAUAUUUUGAGUAAAUUAUACAGUAUAGGUAUAACCUAUUUCUCUCAUCUACCAUAUACCCAUUAAUACUGAGAGAGAGAAAAAAGCUUAACAACAAAGAUAACAAAAUUAUUAGAAAAAGAUAGCAACGAUUUUAUAAUCUAUCAGUGGCGUAUUUACGAAUAAUAAAUUUGAUUUCAAAAACAAACGGACACACUUCGCACGAUAGGUGGGCCACUGUUGUAGGUGAGAAGUUAAAAAGUAUAAAGGGAAAAUUGAAUGUAUAUCUAUACGCAACGAUUAUCAUUACAAACGUAAAAAGAUUUUGAGCUAAGUUCAAUUAUACAUGUUUUGAAAAACUUUGAUAUUUACGAUUUGAAAAUAAUACAUCAAAAUCGGUAACGUCGCGGUGUGCAGUAAAUAUUUGCCGUUUUCUGAUAAUUUUUUUUCGGUUUUUUUCUAUUAUUAUGGAAAAUCAAAAAGUGACCUACCUAAAGUACCAACUAAAUAAAAUUUACUUUAAAAAAAAAGUGUUACACUUCGGACCAAGAUUUCUGGUAGGAAAUUUGCUCACAGAUACAAAAAAUUAAAAUUUUAGCUCCGUUCCGAAUCUAAAAAUAACAUAACGGCAAUUUACGCCUGUGAUAUAAAAUAAUAAUAAGAUCUAUGACUCGGAUGUAAAGUUUUAAAGUAAAUAACAAUUAAUUUUAAUAUUUAUUUUUUUAAAAAAAUGAGCUGAUACUGGAGAUAGGAGCGGUCACUGUUGUAGGUGAUAAGUUGGGAAGAUAGGAUAAAUAAGGUUAUUUCAUUUAUAUUUGUAAGCAACGAUAAACCAUUGUUUGACGAAAGACGAUUCGAGCGCAGUUCAGUAAUACAUAAUUUAUAUCUUUAAAUACUGAUUUUAACUGAAUUCACCACUUAAGAUUUAAAAUAUUCAUUAUUAAAUACGUCAAAACUUGUAAUUAUUUUAAAGAAGUAAUUUCAGCUCUGGGACCCCGGGGCAUUGCCUCACUUUGCUCUACGAUAGCUGCGCCACUGGUAAUUUAAGGAAAUUUUAACAACGUAAGGGUAUGGGGGAUGUGAAAUCCAUAUAUUAAUAUAAUACUCGUACGUAUAUCUAUAAUAUAAUGCACGUAAUAUACAGUGUAGUAUUGGCAGAAAUUAUUGUGUUAAUUUAUUUUUUUUUUUUAGUUUUACCCCGACGAAAGUCACUCAUUUUCCAGCAAUAGAAAUCAUUUAUACCGCACGAUUAUUGACUAUAUUUUAAAUUGUUUAAAAUGACCUAUUAUAUUUUUGUAUUAUAUAAAAUAGUUAUGAUCAUAUCGAUAUCAUUGAAAAUAUUAACGGACGACACGCCUUUUUUUUGUUUUUUUAACUCUAAACUUCCAAUCAAAUAUUGUUACACAUUAUAAAAAAAUAUAUUUAAUUUUUAUUCUGACGCCGAAAAUGUGUGUUAUGUACCAAUUAGAUUUGUUUGUAAUAGUCAAGUAAGAGUUUAUUGAUAAAAAUUUUACUGUUGUAAAAUUCCAAUGAGUUGCCAGAAUAAUAUUGUAUAUUUAUACAUACCUGUACCUGUAAUGAAUAUUUUGUAUUAAUUUUACAUAAUAAUACAGACUAUAUCUAUUCGAUUAAUUUGAUUAAUACAUUAUUAAUAAAUAAGUGGAUAUAACUAUUACUGUAAUUACACUCACCGGUUUGUACAUCUUUCGGUAUCUUUACAUGAUGUCAAAAUAUACUUAGACAUAAUUUUUAAAUAAAAGGCAAAUUCCGAAGACCACACUUAAAAACCUAACUUACGUUCGAUUAAAAUAUUUAAUUCGUCCAAUGUACGAAGUGUGUAAAUAAAAUAAUGAGACUAAUAGGGUAGCGUUCAAUCUAACAACACCGAUGAGUUCCCGUUUGAACGGGAGGGAGGCUAACAUAUCCAAUACGCCUUCAGCAGGAAUAUGAACACCCCAGUGUCUCGUGGGGGCACAUUUUCGUUACACAAAAGAUUUUUUUUUUUUUUUUUUUUUUUUUUUUUGUUUUUUUUACCUUAAAAUAACACGAUUCCGUAUAAAUAUUGAUGUGACGUUGCCAGUUAGAAUUUUUAUAAAAAUACAAAAUAAUGUUAAUUAUAGUUAUUUUUAAUAUGAUAAUUAGGAAAUAACAAUUUUAAAAUUGUAUCGUUGCCUGUAGAUAAAAUGAAAUUGUCGAAAUAAUUUUAAAAAUUCACAUACUUGUUUUUUCUCUUGGUAUCGUGGACC